UGAUGUUACGCAUCGAACGCAAUGUCAUUCGGGAUUUGCCGAACGGACAGAUAAGUGAGUUAGAGCAGGCAGGCAAAAUGCCGAAGGAAAAGACCUCCAAGCAUGUGAAGUGCGACGUACUGUUUGAUGACAACUCGAGUGGAAUAUUUACGGCCGGUGAUCGUGUCACCGGGACGAUCGAGCUGCACCUUACCAAGAUAAAAAAAGUGCGAGGUGUCUGUCUGCUUAUCUCCGGGUAUUCGGCCGUGUUCUGGGAGGCGAAGGUACCGGAUGGGCCGAAAAACAAAAAGGUAAAGGCACAGUUCAAGGGCCGGGAAGACUUCAUCAAGAAGAAGCUGUACCUGGCCGGGUCAGAAAAUGGGGCCGGCAUACAGCUUCCUCCGAACCAAAUUCGGUACCAGUUUGAUUUCACCAUCCCACCGGCGGCACCGACCUCGAUGGAGGGAAAGUACGGCCACGUCCGGUAUCUGCUGCAGGUGACGCUCGAGCGACCAUGGAAGUUUGAUCACAACUUCCAGCAACCGUUCACCGUCGUGUGUCAGUCUGAUCUGAACCAAAGCAACGAGGUGCUGUGCAUACCGACCAAGGCAGAAGGUAUGAUCACGUUCUACUGCGGGUUCUGCCGUUCCCGACCCUUGAUGGUGUCGGCGACCACACCAAAGUCUGGCUACGCACCGGGCGAAACGAUCGAGCUGGAGGUGUUUGUGCAGAACUCGAGCAAAGUGGCUGUAAGCGAGAUCGAGAUUAAGUUCCAGAAGAUCCUCAAGUUUACCAGUCAAACGCGCGUCAUCGCCCAGACGCAGAUACCGAAGGAGGAGAACAAUCUCCAGUACGAGGUGCUCGAGGUGCGCAAAAUUCCUACCAUCGAGGGUGAGAACGAUGCACGGUUUGUGGAGAACAUUGUCGUCGGUCCGAUACCGUCCAGCGAAACGACGCACAGCCGGAUCGUAGCAGUUGGGUACGAGCUGGCACUGGUCGUUAAACCACAGGCCUCUACGAAGCGCAUAAAGCUUAACAUACCGAUUACGAUCGGCCAGAUACCGCUGGCAGGCUCUGCUAUGCCUUAUUCGAUAUCGGGAGGACUGCAAAAGCUAAACGACACACUGAACGAACACAGCAGUGCUCCACCGGCGUACGAAGCGUAA